AUGCGUGAGCCUUGCAUGGCAGAGGAGGAGCUGUGGGCCUGGUGGGUGAUAGGUGAUGGUGUGGGAAGCCUGUGGAGGCUGGGCUGGAACUGGACCACACACGCAGGCUGUCGACUCAGGCUCCUCCUGCAGCACCAUGUGCCCAGGGACUUGGAGUGGGCUGAGCAAUGGCUGUGGCAACUCCAUGAUCUUCAGAAGAGGCCUCCCCUUAGCCCUUGGGUUUCCAAGCAUCUGUUCCUUACAGGCCUUGCCCUGUGUACUGACUCCACAGGGCUAAUGAAGCUGAAGAAAAGGGGUCAUUGGGCCUAGGUCUUUGACCUCCUGGCACAGGAAACACUCUGGGACCUGUACAAGGAUUUCUGUUCCCAGGGCCAGCACCCUUCUUUGGGGUCCUGGACCUCCAUCCUUGACCUACCCCCUGGCCCCUCCCUUUCAAUUGGCAUUCUCUCUUCUUCCUUUCCCUAUCCUGGGCGAGCACUCUAA